CAAAUGCUUGUGAGCCCCCCUGUUUAGCAGGAAGCCGUCGCAUUGGUCAUCUCGGAGAUCAUGCAAAACUGACUCGUUUUGGCUCAGCACAGAUUUGUGUUUUUGCCAAACGCGGCUUCUUUUUCACCAACUUUUCCACAUUUCGUCAUGUUAGAAAAACAAAGUUUGCUGUGCUUUGGGGGGAUUUUCUGUGACAGACCAACACAAGGCUGUGGAAAAAUGUAAAAUGGAAGAAAAUUAUAAAUAAUCUUCCUUUGUUUUUACAAAUUAUAGUCUAAAGUCUGGACAUCUCUGUUCAACACCCCAUUGCUCUGAAACCCAUAAAUAAAUGCCUGUGCAACCAAUUCAUGGAUCCAUUUUGAAAGGUUAUAAAACAAUUCUUCCAGCUUUGAGCUUUUCAUGAAGAACUGUGUAGUCUGCAGACAAAAUUGGAAGAAUUAGCAAAUGCUAAGACAAGGAGCUGCAGAGAUCUGCCACCUCAGGUGAGCAAAUUGAGUGAGAAGAAUCAGUUGCAAAGGGGUCAGAAGAAAAUGUUCUGCUCAGAGGACCUGAGAGGCAGAGAAAGGAAACCUUACACCUGCACCAUCCCCACCACCAGACACAGAGGUGGCACCAUCAUUCUGUGGGAUCACUUUUCAUUAUCAGCAUGGCAUGCUCUGCAGUCGGGCGGCUCCGUGUUGGACGCUGUGGAGAAAGGCUGCGCUCGCUGCGAAGUUGACCAAUGUGACGGCACUGUGGGCUUUGGCGGCAGCCCUGACGAGACUGGAGAAACCACACUGGAUGCCAUGAUCAUGAACGGUAACUCGAUGGAGGUGGGAGCGGUGGCAGACCUGAGAAGAAUCAAAAAUGCUAUUGGAGUCGCCAGAGCCGUGAUGGAGCGCACUGAACAUACGAUGCUAGUGGGAGAGUCAGCCUCUGUGUUUGCUGAAAACAUGGGCUUUGUUGCAGAAGACCUGACUACCAACGAAUCUUUGAAUGUUUUCUCACAGUGGCUGAAGGGCAACUGCCAACCUAAUUAUCGAAAGAACGUCAGUCCAGAUCCGUCAACGUCGUGUGGACCUUACGGACCAAAAGCAGCGCAGACACAGUGUAAUGGAGAGCGGCAGGUUAAUAUACACUCCCAUGACACCAUAGGGAUGAUUGCCAUGGAUAAAGAUGGUCACACGGCUGCUGGAACAUCAACUAAUGGACUAUCACACAAGGUUCCAGGCCGCGUUGGAGACUCCCCCAUCAUCGGAGCAGGAGCCUACGCAGACAGCGCAGCUGGUGCUGCCGCCGCCACUGGAGACGGAGACAUCAUGAUGCGUUUUCUGCCCAGCUACUUGGCUGUGGAGCUGAUGAGGAACGGGGCCGAUCCCUCAGCAGCCUGCAAGUCGGCCAUCUCCAGAAUCAAGAGGCAUUACUCAGACUUCUUUGGAGCCAUAAUCUGCGCUAACACAACAGGCCAUUAUGGUGCAGCGUGUAAUAAGGUCCCCAGCCUCACACAGUUCCACUACAUGGUGGCCGACUCCGAGUCAGACACAGCAGUCCUAAAAUCUGUGCCUUGCUUUUAAACAAACUCAGUCACAUUAUCUCUGGAUUACAAGCCACAUCAUUGCUGGUUCUGUUGUGAAACGCCCAACUGAUGAGGCUGUUUCUAACUGGGAGCGCACUGGGAGAGCAACACAGAGCAGCCAAGGUGAUUCUAGUAAGUCUCUGCAGCUAAAAUAGACAUUUUCCACAACUAAAGAGUAACAGAAAAAUGUGCUUUAUGUUCUUCGCUAGCGGUAGUAACUAUAAUGUAAACAGAACAUAAAAGAAUUACAAAAUGUUCUUCCUUUGCGUCAAAAGGCAUAUGUUCAUAACUUGUAACAUUUUUGUUCGACCAAAAAAAGAACAUCAAAGUACACAGGCUUGCCAAAAAUCCACCUGGAUUUAACUAAGCAAAUACAAAUUUAUUGAUAACUGGAUGAGUGAUUAUCUUUCAGCUGGCAACAAGUUGUCAAACCCCAAUGAUGCAGCAGGUAGCUUCCCAUUUCUUAGGGCUAGUCAACACAGGAACAUUUUUAUUUAUUUUUAUCUGAAAUAGGA